UCUCUUUUGUUAUGUUCUAUAAUAAAUUGUUUAUACUUUCAUUAUCUUAUGAUAAUAAUAAUUUAAUUUAAUUUUUAAAAAUAAUUACUUUAACAUAAUUUUUUAUAUCAUUUUUGUUUCUUUCGUUUUCCAUUUUCCAUUAGAUUCCAAAUUCCUGCUUACGCUUGAAGAUUCUCGUCUUUUUAUUUAUUUAUUUAUUUAUUUUUUUCUUUUUCAAUUUUGGAAUAAUUAUUCUAUUUUCUUCCUUAAUCGACUAACACUUGGAGAAUAAAAACCCCAGAAAAAUUCUCCAUUGAAAUUGUCAAAGAAAUAUUAGUUUUCAAUGAAAUUUGGUAAAGAGUUCAAGACCCAUCUAGAGGAGACUUUACCUGAGUGGAGGGACAAAUUCCUAUGUUACAAACCCCUCAAGAAACUCCUCAAAAAUAUCUCUUCAACCCCAUCGCUUGAUCCCCAUCAUCAACGGCCUGUAUUUGCUGACGCCACCAACACUGCUGUUACUCCCGUCUGUCAUGAUCAUCAACACCCUCCGCUUGAUUUGCAAGAUUGGUUUGUUAGAAUUCUGAAUGAGGAGCUUGAAAAAUUCAAUGAUUUUUAUGUUGAUAAAGAAGAAGAGUUCGUUAUUCGCUUUCAGGAGCUGAAGGAAAGAAUUGAACAAAUUAAGGAGAGCAGUGGGAAGGGUGGAGUUUUUGCAUCAGAGAGUGAGUUUAGUGAAGAAAUGAUGGAUAUCCGCAAGGAUCUUGUCACCAUUCAUGGGGAGAUGGUGCUUCUAAAAAAUUACAGUGCCCUCAAUUUUGCAGGAAUUGUUAAAAUUUUAAAGAAGUAUGAUAAACGAACCGGGGGAUUGUUGCGACUGCAAUUCACUCAGCUUGUUCUUCACCAACCUUUCUUCACAACAGAAUCUCUUACAAGGCUAGUUCAUGAGUGUGAGGCAAAUCUCGAGCUUCUCUUUCCACUGGAAGCUGAAGUAAUUGAAUCUACUCCGCAAGGAGAACCAAACCCAUCAUCAAAUAACACUGCAAAGCGCUCACAGGAAGCUUCAUCAUCGAAUCUGGGAGAGGAAACAUUGGAUAUUUACCGUAGCACACUGGCUGCAAUGAAAGCAAUACGUGGUCUUCAAAAGGCAAGCUCCACUUAUAAUCCAUUAUCGUUCUCGGCUUUCCUUAAGAACCAGGAUGAUGAGAGUGGUGCUGUAACAGCUGAAAACUCUGCUUCAAAUUCUUCACCCACUUUGCAAAAAGGUAAGGAGUCUGAUAAAGAGGAUGCACAAUCUGCGCAACAACGGUAGGUUUUCGAUUUUCCCGGAUACUUUUUAUCUUUGACUUCCAUUUUGUUUCUUUGAACAACUGACAAAUUAAUAAUGUGUUUGAAGCUGUGUUUUGUAAUCUGUUUCAUAGUAUGUUAGCUGGGUUUGAGAUUGUAACUUUACUGAUAUCUAUUGAUUUUGAAUGUUUUACCCUUUUUUCUGGUAUAAUUAUUAACUUUGAGCCUAUACCCUUUCCAAUGGUAUAAUUCUUUGAUGUCAGCUUUGGACUUUGGGGUCAUCUGUUAUGGUCCUACUGCCUUAUAAGCUGGUGUAGAUUGUAACAUUUAGGACCUGAGCUGGUUUUAGGAUACUAAGAUCGGAUGAAAUAGAGCUGUAAUGGAAUGCUAUUCCGGGAGAAUGGAAAUGAAAUUGAAUAAGUAUAAA